CAAGGAUCUAAGCUCUUGGAUUGCCUUUUCUCCAAAAGCUGUAUCCGAUUCAUUAAACGGAAAACCCAUUCUUUUGAGAGUACUAAAAAGAAAUCGUGUAGAUUUCUUCCUUCCUUCUCUUUCCACGCAUACCGUGAUUUUUUGUACUUCAAUUCGUGGCCUCGAUACUUAAGGUAUUUCAAGUGCACUCAAUCGCUACAGAGCCAUUGCAUAUCCCCCUCAUAUCCACUGUGACAGCCACACAUCCCCAUCCGCAAUCAUGGCGAAGACACCGGGAAUCCUGUACGUCACCAUGCAACCCAAGGACACGCUCCCCGUGUCCCAAUUCCACGACUGGUAUAAUAACGAACACGGACCCGGACGCCUGCGCCUCUCCUUCUGCCAGAACGGCUUCCGGUACCGCGCAAACGAUGCCUCGUUCUCCGCUACGAGGCCCGAAUGGAUGGCUAUCUACGACAUCGACGAUAUGGACUGGCUGACCAAGGACGUGUACACGAAGCUGAGGUUGCCGCCUGUGCAGAGUCAAAGGGAGCGCGACACCAUGAAGCAGAUCACUGUCGACAGGAAGUUUUACGAUCUGUUGGGAGAGUGGAAAGCUAGUGAUUUCCCUACAUUUGAGGACGUGGAGCAGGAGGGAGAGGGCAAUGUUUUGGUGUCUGUGAGGUUAACGCUGCAUGAUGGUGACGAGAAGGAGGAGGAGCUCAGGAAGUGGUAUGAGGAGGAGCACGUGCCGCUACUUCAAAAGGUGCCCGGGUGGAGGAGGACGAGGAGAUUUGUGACGAGUUAUCUGGACCUGAAGGAGGGGAAGGCGAAGGAGUUUAUGGCUCUGCACGAAUAUGCCCCGAAGAAUGGGUUGGGUGGAGAGGAGUUCAAGACCGCGACCAGCACGCCGUGGAAUAACGAAAUGUACAAGAGUGUUAUCAAGGAGAAGGCCAGGAGGACCUACGAUCUAUACUAUACAUUCGGACCUGCGCCACGGGACUUGCAGAGCUUGUCGGAGCCAGAGACGAAUCCUGCGGAGAGCACUGAUGCAUUGACGAAGACUACCCCAGCGUCGAAAUCUAGCACGUCUUAUCCGACCAUCGCAAGCUUCAUCACGACAAAAGAUGGCGUACAGCUUCCUUACGAGCUCACCGGGUCUUCCGAUCCCAACGCACCAGCACUUGUCCUCGUCAACUCCAUUCUUGUAGACUACGGCAUCUGGGACGACUUCAUCCCCGCAUUCCUCAAAGCCACACAGAACAAGUACAGAAUCAUUCGCUACAAUACUCGUGGACGAUCGAGUCUCCCUGACUCCUCAAACUCCUCGAUCACGGUCGACACUCUAGCACAGGACGUCAUCACCAUCCUCGACGCCCUCCGCAUCAAGCAGGCUUCUGUGGCCGGUGUCUCCCUCGGAGGCGCUACAUCUCUAAAGACGGCUCUCGCCUACCCAUCUCGCAUCACAUCCUUCAUCGCCUGCGACACCAACUCCCUCGCUCCCCCAGGAAACCCAAAGGCGUGGCAAGAGCGUAUCGAGGUCGCGGAGAAGGAGGGCUUGAAGUCGUCCGCCACCGGUGAACCCAUUGUCGGCCAGGAGCUCGCCGAAGUCACCGUGCGCCGAUGGUUCGUCAAGGAGUCCUACGACGACGCUUCAUUGCAGGGAAAGAUCGAGACCACGAAGCAAAUGGUCGCGAACAACAGCCUCGACGGCUUCAGGAAGAGCGUUAAGGCGCUGUACCAGUACGACUUCCGGGCCGAGAUGAAGGAGUACAAGGGUAAAGGUGCAUUCUUGGUCGGCGCUGGCGACGGCGUGUUACCAAAGACUAUGAAGGAUAUGGCGGAUGGUUUGGGUGCCGGCGCGAAGCUGCAGGUCAUCGAGGGUGCUGGCCAUUUGCCUAUGGUCGAGCGCCCGCAAGAGGUCGCCGAGUUUUUUGCGUCGUUUUUCGGGGCGUGAUUUGAUGACCCAUAUUCUUUUAUGACGCGUGCUGGAUUCAAAUUAGAGAAGAUUUCUCCCUAGACCUACGAGUAUGAACGAUAUGUUUGCGACUGGCUUCGGCCGAGGAAGUAUGAACAAGAUGUCGAUGAAGGUUAGCGUGAAGCAAGCGGUGUUAUCGGUGAUUCGAAAAGUCCGUCAAGAAUUCAGUAAUGCAUGAGUAGCUGCGACGAAAACUACUCGUAGCCAUCAUAUUUCUACGACGCCGCUGCCGGAGCUGCUGUGCAAGUACACAAACGUGCCCAGUAACAUGCAGUGCGAGCAAGUCAGAUAUAGGUGACUCGACAACGUAACGAUGGUAGGUGUACUUGGAUAUGAC